UUGGCAGUGGCGUAACUACCACAGGUGCAGGGGAUGCAGCUGCUAUGUGGCCCCGGCUAACUCCAUGGCCCGCAGCUCCCCUGCACCCAGAGAACAAGAGACAGGCUGAGGCUGCUCAGGCACACUGUCCACGGCAGUACUAGCAGAGAAGGGGAGAGCCGUAGGGAGGGGGCGUGGCCAUAUGCAAAGCAUUGCCUAUUCACUGGCCAGAUACUGUACCUGAUGCUCCUCUGUAGUAGCCGCCGAAGCCCCGCCCACCCGCGGCUCCUGGUGCCCCGCCCCCAUUUUGGCUGAAGUCCUCCCAUUCACCCUCCAGUAACUGUUGGGAACCCUGGGCACUGAAAUUAUGAGAAAAGGGCAUCUCCAGGGCUGAGCUGCCUACAGGAGUACCAGAAAUACCAGGAAGAAAAAUGCAUGGACACAGGGCAGCUGUCACCAUCUGUGAGGUGAACUCUGCAUGCAUCCUACAGUGAUCCAAGGCAAAGUUUUCCGAUACUGCACCCCGGAGGGGACAUGGCUGGUCAAAGAGAUUAAGGAGAACAUCACCAUACCCUGGAGGAACCUGACAGAGUGUGAGGACCGAUCUCGAAAGGUGCAGCCGGAGCAGCAGUUGUCCUCUCUGUCUAUUAUUUACACCAUCGGAUACUCUUUGUCCUUCUCAGCACUUGUCAUAGCCACAGUCAUCCUGGUAAUAUUCAGACACCUACAUUGUACGAGGAAUUAUAUCCACCUGAACCUCUUCACCUCCUUCAUUCUGAGGGCCAUCUCCGUCUUCAUUAAGGACUCUGUGCUGAAGUGGAUGUAUAACAUCGCCAUAUACGACAACCAAUGGGAAGGGCUCAUCUCCUAUCAGGAGUCGUUAAGCUGCCGGCUGGUCUUUGUGAUGAUGCAGUACUGCGUGGCAGCAAAUUACUACUGGCUAUUGGUGGAGGGAAUUUACCUGCACACGCUGCUGGUGCUGUCAGUGUUCUCAGAGCAAAGGCUCUUCCGCUUCUAUCUGUGCGUUGGAUGGGGUGUUCCCAUGCUGUUUGUUCUCCCGUGGGGCGUGGUGAAGUACCUUUAUGAAGAUGAUGGCUGCUGGACGAGGAAUUACAAUAUGAAUUACUGGCUCAUCAUCCGCCUUCCUAUCCUGAUCGCAAUCGGGGUGAAUUUUGUGAUCUUCAUAAGGGUGAUCUGCAUAAUUAUCUCAAAGCUGCAGGCAAACCUGAUGUGUAGAACAGACACCAAGUGCAGACUGGCAAAGUCCACCCUGACGCUGAUCCCGCUGCUGGGGACACAUGAGAUUAUCUUUGCGUUUAUCACAGAUGAGCAUGCCAAAGGGUCCCUGCGUUACAUCAAACUCUUUUUUGAAUUGUCCUUCAGCUCUUUCCAGGGCCUGAUGGUUGCGGUUCUGUACUGCUUUAUCAACAAUGAGGUCCAGGCUGAGUUCCAGAGGCGGUGGGAACGCUGGAAGCUGGAACAUUUAUAUAGUCAGAGGGACAGCAGCAUGAAACCGAUCAAAUUUCCAGCCAAUAGUCUGAGCAGUGGAAUCACCAUGGGCAGCAGCGUCUAACUGUCUUUCCUGUUGGACAGAUGGACAGUGUCUGUGGUCAGCCCACAAACCAUGGAGCCACCAAAGGACAUUCCACAAGCAGCGAGGUUGUUUAUUUUGCACAAGAAAAGACGCUCUUCUAUAUUUAUUUUUAAAUAUUACUACCAUGGACAUUUAGCUGCUUCAGCUGGUUGCAGUCCCAGUGCUCGUGUUACAUUGGUGAUUCAGUCACACCACAACUCACUCUUCAGGAGAAGAACUUUAAACAUAGAAGGACAAGACGCUUCUUAGUGUCACAUUCCCACCCAUCCGAAGUAGUGGCACAGGCUGGACAGAAACCAGAAACUACCAAGGGGUACACGUCUGUGGCUGGUCUCAGGAAGGACACUAGAUUCAGAUUUUUGUUCCACUACUGAAAAGGAAUUUUAGAGCUUUCAUGUACUGUCCGCCAUUGAUCAAGGAGGCCUGCUCGGGCCACGAGGACAAUAAUGAAUGUAAUUCAAGACAUAAUGUACGUGUUCAUGCUUGAAAUGACGGGUGUGGAUCGUUGGGUCGACAGUGACUAGGUCGACACCUGAAAUGGGUUGACACGGUCAUUAGGUCGACUUGGAAAGGUCGACAUGGAAAAGGGUCGACAUGAGGUUUUUUUUGGGGGGGUGUCGUUUUCUUCGUAAAGUGACCAGAAACCCCAAUUAGUGCACCGUGUCCCCUCACAUGCUUCGGUUAAGAUGCCUUGCUGUGUUUGGCACAGGUUACUAUUCCCAAUCGUAGUCCACGUGGAACAUACAGUAUGAAAAAGUAAAUAAUUUUUUUUAAACACGCCGACCUUUUCAUGUGUCGGCAUUUGCCAUGUCGACCAAGUGACCACAUCGACCUAAUGACCAUGUAGACCUAAUGCAUGUUGAUUAAUAGUGGUCCACCUAAUGAGUAUUCACCUAAGUCAUACUUGCCUAUCUGACCC